AUGGCCCUUCUCUCGCGUUCUCGCGUGCCGAAGAUCUCCGCGGAUGGGCGGCGGGCGCGCGUUGCUGCAUCACGCCGCCAUCGUCCCCCUCCCUCCCACCACCCCAACGCCCAUAACGCCUCCUCCCUCCCCCCGACCUCUCCCUCACGCGACCACGACGACCAUCAGCCCCCGGCCAAGCGCCGCAAACUCUCCAUCCGCACCAAACAGACCACGCUGGAUGACUACGCCUCCAUCCGCCAAUCAGCGCCGCCACACCCUCCGACACGAGUCACGGUCACACAACCACAUGGGCCACUCAUACAAAACACCAACGGCGUGCAGACCUUGCUCGACGCCGACGAGGAUGAACUGGCUUUGCCUGCCCCCACCAAGCCGCUUCCCAAGCCUGCUUCUUCCUUGAAGACCGACGACAAACGAACCCUACGAUCCCAAGAUGAGGGCCCGCGAUUGAAGAGCGAGCUCGCCAUAUACUUCCCCAACUACGAGGACAUCAUCUUCGAUGCUCCAAAAGAUCUCGACUUUCUCACGGUCGACUCCACUCUCUAUGUCACCGACGACACUGCCCGGCCACCCUCUGAACCAAAUACCCCCAACAAAGGCAGCAAGCAUGUCAAGUCAACACCAGGGCAUGCUCGCAAGGGGUCGGCGAAUGGAGCACCACUCCAAUCGACGCCACGGAGAAGCUCUUCCAACCAAUUCAACGGCAGUCCCAGUUUGAACUUGGAGAUGAUCGCCCGCAGUCUGCCCACCUUACCCGAAGACCCCCUCACCGAUGAGCAUUACAACAAGUCCCACCGACGCGCCGAGCGGAAAGAGAAGCAACUCCGCAAUAUUGAGAAGGAACGGGCGAUGCAUGAGAAGGUGCAGCUCGAUCGAUUGCUCGAAGGCUUGCAGGGUCACGAUUGGUUGAAGGUGCUCGGCGUGACGGGCAUUACAGAUGGAGAGGCGAAGAAGUAUGAGCCGAAGCGGGACUACUUCAUUGCCGAAGUACGUGCCUUGGUGGACAAGUUCAAGCAAUGGAGGGAGCAGGAGCGUCGACAAAAGCUAGACAAAGAGGCUGCUGUGGCUGCACGAGAAGAAGAGAUGAUGGAGGAUGGCGGCGAGGAGGAGGAAGAGUCUGAGCUGUUUGACUCCGAAGCGGCCAGCAGCACCGGCCCUCCCAGCAGCGAUCUCAAUGCGUCGGCGGCAAGACAGCUCCAGCAAGAGACGGCGAUUGCCCUCAAAUCUCUCGCUGCUAGCACAUCCACUCCCAGAGGCAAAGAGCUGGCUGCCAACCCGCUACCACCCGUCUUUGUUGAGCCCCCACCCGAAGUCCCUUUUGUCAGCUUUUACGACAAACCACACCUCCGCGAUGCAGCUCUGGGCAAGGCGAGGUCUGGCCGCAGCGUGACUGCUUUCGGGCAUCCGGUGCCUGAACUGGAGGAGCGGGAGUUUGAGCUGCCGGACGAAUACGCAACUCAAGACGCCAUUCGAGCCAACGCGCGAGAGAAGAGGCGACGGAAACGGGAAAGCGUUGCGAAUGCUUCGAAUUGA